AGGAUCUGUGGGUGACGUCAGCAGGUGCCUUCGAGGAGUGUGUGUGUGUGUUUGUGUGUGUGUGAAAGAGAGAGAGAGAGAGAGAGAGAGAGAGAGAGAGAGAGAGAGAGAGAGAGAGAGAGAGAGACUGGAGAGCAGCGCGUCUCCCUCAGCGGUUCGACCGGAGAGGAGAGGGACUUUAGCGGGGACACAGAGGAGGGUAAAACCCGCAUGAACUCACUUUUCUGCACUUUAUUAUCCGUUAAAACUUAAUUUAAACACACUGUUGAUUCGACAUCGGCUGGUUGUACAAUUUCCGAAUGCGCCACUCGUGCGUAAAACCCUGACGCCGUCUCCAAAGCGCGCAGGAAGCAGCGAGGACACACCAUCACCACAAAACCACAAACAACCAUCAUGAACCUCAUCGUGGACACGUUCAACCUUUUAAAAAAAAAGCAAUCGUUUUGAAUCUGCCAUACGGGGGGAGGAGAGAGUCGGAGGAGGAGGGUGAAGGAUAUAUUGCGGGGAGGACAAACGCAAUAAGAGCAGGAUGAGAUGUUUCACUUCAUAAUGGGAAAAUGAUGGAAUGAAUCCGCGCUGAAGGAAGUCUCAGAUGUUUUUUUAAAGACCUGGAGAUGGAGAUUCAUCCCUGAAACAGAGCUGAGAGUGGAGCGCUCCUUCCAGAGAGCAUGAAGCAGCGCGUCUGGAGCGGACCGGACACUGAACACAUCCACGUUUUACCGCGGACGAAACCUCAGUUUGAGAUUUUCCCUGGAGGACUUUAAUCCAACAGGAUGAUUAAGUCACUCUGUAACGGUCUGCACAGUGAGUAGGGAGGGAACAGCUCCUGUUUUUUCUCUUUCUGUAACAUCCUAGAAACUGAAACAACUGUGAAAUUAUACUCGACUACAAAUGAACUCGUGAGCUGCUGGUGGUCCUGGAUCUCUUCUGAUGCUACAUACUGGUCUCACCUCAGCAGUCUGCCAGGCUGAGCUCCUCUCCAGUGAUGUGAUGGAGGGUGAUCCCACUUUACCAUAACUUUUUUUUGUUUGUUUUUUUAUGUUGCCAAACUGUGCACCUUUUUAGGAUCAGAUUCAAAUAGCUGAUGCAUCCUAUGUGAGAACAUGUCUGGAAAGGAAGACAAAGACACUGAUGUUUCUCUUAUAAACUAAUAUAUAUUGUUUUUUCAAUUGGUGGAUAUUUGACUCUUAGUUUGACAACUUCCGCCUUGCUGUCUCUUCAAACAUGGAGAAUGUGACGAUCCCCAGCGAGCCACUGCCAGUCUGCAACGACUCUGUGGACUUCUACUCCCUCACAUCAGGAAACAACACUGACCUGAACUGCACUCCCCCGAUUUAUCCCUACCCGGACUUUUACGUCAUUCUGCCAAUCAUCUACUCUGUGAUCUGCGCGGUGGGGCUGACAGGCAACACGGCCGUCAUCUACGUGAUCCUUAAAGCCCCCAAGAUGAAAACUGUAACCAACAUGUUCAUCCUGAACUUGGCCAUCGCUGACGACUUGUUCACGUUGGUGUUGCCCAUCAACAUAGCCGAACACUUGCUGCACUACUGGCCUUUCGGGGAGGUUUUGUGCAAAGUCAUCCUCAGCAUCGACCACUACAACAUCUUCUCCAGUAUCUAUUUCCUGACGGUUAUGAGCAUCGACCGCUACCUGGUCGUUCUGGCCACGGUGAGGUCCAAACGCAUGCCUUACCGCACCUACCGAGCAGCCAAAAUAAUCUCACUGUGUGUCUGGAUCCUCGUUAUCCUCAUCGUCAUGCCUUUCACCGUUUUCGCCGGCGUCUACGUCAACCCAUUCGAUGAAAGGAAGAGCUGCGUGCUCAGCUUCCCCAUCCCAGAGAGUUUGUGGUUCAAGGCAAGCCGGAUCUACACGCUCAUCCUGGGCUUCGCCAUCCCGGUCUCGACCAUCUGCAUCUUAUACACCAUGAUGCUAUACAAGCUGAGGAACAUGCGGCUCAACAGCAAUGCCAAGGCGCUGGACAAGGCCAAGAAGAAAGUCACCAUCAUGGUGUUUAUAGUUUUGGCUGUGUGUUUGUUCUGCUGGACGCCGUUCCAUCUCAGCACCAUCGUGGCUCUGACGACCGACCUGAGGACCACGCCGCUGCUGAUCGGGAUCUCCUACUUCAUCACCAGCCUGAGCUACGCCAACUCCUGCCUCAACCCGUUCCUCUACGCCUUCCUAGACGACAGCUUCAGGAAGGCCUUCAAGAAGAUGUUGGAAUGUAGACCCGCCUGAAUGUACGAUUAUACGUCACACUAAACCUGUCGGAGAGGUCGAUAGAGAUGGACUGAGCGAGGACAGAUGGAAAAAUUUGGAUGAGGAAGAUCAACUCAUACGUCAGAGUUCAAAUCUGACUGCCUCUGAUUUGAUGUGAUUGGUUUGUUAAAGCUGCACUGGGCAAACAGCACUUUUUUUUGCACAGGACAGCGAAAGGGAGCUUUUCUUUUAUUCAUCUUUCAUACGUAGAAAACAUGUAAAAUUAAUGCUUUAUACAACAGUGAACCAAAGUGAUGAGAGAGGAGUCUGUGAGUCCAGUUUCAUCAUGACAGAGCUGUUUGUGCGUCACUCUUGAGUUUGUAUUCUUCACUUCCUGUGGGUGAAGAUCUUGUGCCAACAAGUCAGUCAGAAGCCCCAUUUUUUAUUCGUCACAGCUGGACUGUUUGCCUGGUGCAGCUCUCUAUGACUCUGAGAGCAGUGAGAGGAUAUCGUCAGCUGACAGAAAUGUGCAAUACUGCUUGCAGCAGGCAAAGACAGCAGGAACAUACAUGACUAUAAUGGUUUUCAUUGUGCAACAGUUUGUUACGCUGUAAGUGUUGGUGGAACUGGUGAUAAAAUCUGAUUGUUGUCCAGGUGAUGACAGAAAAUUCAACUUUUUUUCAGUGACGGUGGAAAAAAAAAAAAAAAAGAAUCCAAUUAGGAGGCAGUCAGUGGAGAUGGGUCGCUGCAAGCAGUCGUGACCUUCACCGAACUCUGUCUGAACUCAGAGGACGAGGAACAUCUCUGAGGGCUCGAACGUGUGCUGCGUGGAGACCGUACGGUUCGACACAGCAUCACCGAUUUGCAUGCUGCCAAUCAAAUCUACGUCAUGAGAACAGUCAGGGUUGGAGGGUAACAGGACACGUCACUGGGUUGUGAUUCAUAUUAGGAUGUUACAAAAAAAAAAAAGGUACUUUUUAAAAUCAAAAGUUGUUGAUGACAUAGAAAUAUUGUGUGAUCAUGUAUGCAAACACUUAAUCUGCCUUUAAAUUACGCUGUGUUUUGAGCAAAUCCUCUCAAUCAAAACCAAAUGAUAUAUAUUUAUUUUGUGGUUUGCAGGAGGUUUUAGAGUUCUGGUUCUGAUGCAGAGUGUCUCUGAUACACUUUAUUUCUCCAGGAUCGUUUUAAAGGCAUGAAAAGAGGAACCUUACCAACCCUGACAACAGUACUGUAGGCCUGUCAGAGGACAGCCGUGGGACAGGAGGGCUAUGUUAAAACUGUAUUCUGUGUUUCUCUUCGUGUCUUUUUUUUUUUUUUGGUUUUGUUUUAUGUGUGAGCUUUUGUCGCCCCCUGUUGUCAACAGGGAGGCGUUACCUGUAGACUCAGCCAGAGGGGAGUCACACACACACACACACACACACACACACACACACACACACACACACACACACACACAGUAGUCACACAGCUCGUCUCAGUGUCUAUCACAUCUAGAUCUAUAAACACUGCGUACGUUUUCUCCCUUCACUUUGUGGAUAUUUAUGAAAAGAAUCUUUCGGUAUCUGACCUGCACCUCGCGUCUCGGCAGUUAGGAAGAUUUGUAAGAAAAUCUGCAGUCGAAUGAGAUCAACGUGCAAACUUCUGCAAAUAAAGCAUCAUUGUGCAUUUAGUGUCAGAGGCUUCGCUAUGUAAAAUCACAAUACCAAUCAAAGAAGACACAAAUGAAAAGAGACUCAUAUAAAACCAUUUCUAAUGUCUUCUGUAAGAUUUCGAGCUUGAUUUGAUCAGAUGAGGAGAAGCAUCUGUUAAAUGUGGUUCUCUUAAUUUGGCAGUUUUCAGCAGAUUUGUAGGACUUCCUUUAUAUUCAUUAUCAUAAUUUAUUCUUAUGAAUGACUGCUGAGUCUUCUGAUGGAGGUGAUAGUUGAUGCCUGUCUGCAACAUUUACUCCACAGCAACAAACAUCACACUCAAUAAAUUAAUAAUUUCCCCGGAAAAUGUAUUCUCAGUAUAAAAAUUAAAGGGGAAUUUCAAAGUUAUUCUAAAACACAAGUCAGGCAUACAGUGUCUUGCACAUAUACUAUAUAUAGACUUCCAGAUAAACCUUAUGUAUCGCAUUAAAAUUAAGAGGAACUUUGACAUGAACGUGUAUUUAAGUGUUAAUUACGCAGCAAUUCAAACUGCUUAGUCUGCCUCCUAAAUCACAUUUAUUACCUUUAUACACACUGACUCAAAAUGAUAGAACACUUUGCAUUAAAUGUGACUUUACAGUCAAUGUAUGCAAUUAAAAAAUAAGAAAUACACCUGAAGUCAGUGUGGACACUUUGCUAUGACAAAUAAUUAUUUUUUUGAGUGUACAUAACUUUUUUUUUCUGUGAUCCAGCACUUCACUGAUAGUAUCUGAUGCUCUUUAUGGGAAUGUAGCAUUCAGUCAAUCAGAAAUACAAAUAUGUGUGUCAGUGUGUAAAAGUUUGUGGUGGAAAAUCAACCAGUCAAGUCGAGUUUAAGACGUUACAAAAAGUCUUCAUGUGCUUGAUCUUCUGUGAGAGGUUUCUGUCUGCAGAGGUCAAUAUUACAGAGGAACAACAGACAACAGUUUAUUUCUUGUGAGUGUUUUUGAGUUUUACACAUUAUCCUCUUUUGAUUGUCUUUAAAUCCUGACACACAAAGCCCCUACAGCUCAUCUCAGCUCUGAUGACUGAAGACCUUUUUUUCCCGUAGCACCAGAAACUCUCCUAUACGUCCUGCUGUAAAUAGUUCUGUGUACAGACGAUGGUCACAGCGAUGUGUGUACAGUCAAAUAUUCUGUAAAUUGUGUCACAUAAGAAUAUAAAAUUUGAGUUGAAGAUUACGAAUCAUUGUCUUUUAUGCAGCUUGUUAUUAAGACUUCUGACAUCGGAUGUAAUUUGUUUGAUUGUUUUAGAAAUCUAUCAUGUCUAACGAUAAUUAAAUCAAUAAAUCUGAGUUUAUUUUCC